AUGCGCAGAACAUCACUUGGAAAUAACCAGCUUGAAACAGCUGUAAAAGCAAGACUUUUUGUGCACAAUGGAAAUAUCCACACUAUUCGCUCAUUGUCAGUCAGCAGCACUGGAACCGCUUUGGAUCAAGCACACCUUCUUGCUUCGGCAUUUCUUGAUCAGGAACGACUGCAAAUUCAAGGUCGUAUUUCCAAUCUCACUGAACAACUCAAGUCUGUAAAAGGAGAGGCUGCUUUAGAUUUAGAGCUCCAGAUACGUCGCAGUAAAGUAGAAUACGAUCUAUCCAGCAUUGAAACUCAUCGUUUGUUCAAUGAUGGAAAAGGUAUCCAUUUAGUAUACAUGUUUUAUCCGAGUCAUGGAUCAGCAGAAAUACUAAUUGCAAUCUAUUCAAUAGUUGGUAAGCGCUCAGAGCAGCUUGGCGAAGAUGUGUUUUUUACAAUGAUCAACCGCAGAUGGAGGGAUUAUUUACGACCUAAGCUUCUCAAAAGUGCCCAGCAAUGGAAACUCAUGAAGGAUGUUUUUCCUGCUGAUUUUGUUCCAACUCUUGGAUUGAAUAUCAACUUUCCCAAAUCAAAUUGGCUUGCUCCUUUUGGUCAGCAUGUUGAUCCUACCAAGUGCCUGUACUCCCCUGAAAUAAUUAUUACUAGAGAUUUUGAUACUUUAAACACUGAUCAUUAUACUCUAUUAAUGACUGAUCUUGACCGUCCUAAUCUGGAUACAAAAUCUUACGAAGAAUGGUGUCAUUGGCUAGUCACGGACAUUCCUGUUGGACGUUCCGCGGAAUUCCCUGGUGGUGUAUCACCUUUUUUCAAACCAGAACGACUUGUUAACAUUGAUCCUUUGUCAAAAUUCGCGCCUAUUGUGGAAGCCUCUCGUGCUAAAUCCGAUUCUCAAUCUGAAAAUCUCAUUCCAGGAAAUGUAGUGUUUCCCUAUAUUCCACCCCAUCCAACAUUCUCCAAUCCUCGCCGUGUACAUCGAUAUGUGGUAACACUUUUCAAGCAGCCCAACAAGACCACUCCACUCAACAUCGAUAUGUCAAAACUGCAACUACAAGCAGAAACAGAUCGAGCACAGAUGGCCAACGCUCAAAAGGAUCUGCCUCUAUCAAGUCGUUUCCACGAGACCGAAGGUGAAAUGGCCCUUCAAAUGCGCGAACGUUUCCUUGUUGCUCCAACAAUGAAAUUUGCCAAGGACUAUAACUUGGAACUUGCUGGAUUUGGUUUCAUUACUUCAUCAUGGGUUCCUGAAACAUCGCAUGUAUUUACAGGGCUGAAUAUCCACGAACCUGUUUAUGGUAAAAAGUAUAACCAGUUUCCCAAAACUCUAGCCUUGAGACUGCAUGCAUCCAAGGAAAUGAUGUCCGAGCUGAAUAAGCCUAUAGCACAGUUGACAAGGGAGGAAAUAAAGAAACUGAAUGCAGGAAAACGGCCCAGUUUUGAUCGCAGCCGUGUUAUAACAACGGGUGAUGUGCAGCUUGGAUUGAUUCAAAAGGUCGAAGCAGAGCGUGCUGCUAAAGACAGCAAUGAGCCAACCAAACAGCGCAAAUCCAAGGGAAUCAAGAAUACAGAGCCAGUGAUGACUCCAGUGAAAAAGAUGCCGCGUUUAACAGAGAUUGCUGCUGCUGCACUUGUGAGAAACAAGCCUUCUGACGUUGCAUCCAAAAUCCAAGGAUCCAUUACUUCUGAAAUUCUAAACAGAAGAAACCGAUUUGAAAACAGAUAA